AUGGCGGACCCCGCCGAGUGCAGCAUCAAGGUGAUGUGCCGCUUCCGGCCCCUCAACGAGGCCGAGAUCCUGCGAGGGGACAAAUUCAUCCCCAAAUUCAAGGGCGACGAGACCGUGGUCAUCGGGCAAGGGAAGCCCUACGUCUUUGACAGGGUGUUACCUCCUAACACAACCCAGGAACAAGUUUAUAACGCCUGUGCCAAGCAGAUUGUCAAAGAUGUUCUGGAAGGUUACAAUGGCACAAUCUUUGCUUAUGGACAGACCUCGUCAGGAAAAACCCACACCAUGGAGGGGAAGCUGCACGACCCCCAGCUGAUGGGAAUCAUCCCCAGAAUUGCACACGACAUCUUCGACCACAUCUACUCCAUGGAUGAGAACCUGGAGUUCCACAUAAAGGUUUCCUACUUUGAGAUAUAUUUGGACAAAAUCAGGGACCUACUUGAUGUGUCAAAGACAAACCUUGCUGUACAUGAAGAUAAAAACAGAGUCCCCUAUGUUAAGGGCUGCACAGAAAGGUUUGUGUCCAGUCCUGAAGAAGUUCUGGAUGUCAUCGAUGAAGGGAAGGCCAACCGGCACGUGGCCGUGACAAAUAUGAAUGAGCACAGCUCGAGGAGCCACAGCAUCUUCCUCAUCAAUAUCAAACAGGAGAACGUGGAAACGGAGAAGAAACUCAGUGGGAAGCUUUACCUGGUGGACUUGGCUGGCAGUGAGAAGGUCAGCAAAACUGGAGCAGAGGGGGCAGUUCUGGAUGAAGCUAAAAAUAUCAAUAAGUCUUUGUCUGCUCUGGGCAAUGUGAUCUCGGCCUUGGCAGAGGGAACUAAAACCCACGUUCCCUACAGAGACAGCAAGAUGACCAGGAUCCUGCAGGAUUCCCUGGGUGGCAACUGCAGGACCACCAUCGUCAUCUGCUGCUCCCCCUCCGUGUUCAACGAGGCAGAGACCAAGUCCACCCUGAUGUUUGGCCAGAGGGCCAAGACCAUCAAGAACACGGUGUCUGUGAACCUGGAGCUGACAGCAGAGGAGUGGAAGAAGAAGUAUGAGAAGGAGAAGGACAAAAACAAAAGUUUAAAGAAUGUUAUCCAGCACCUGGAGCUGGAGCUGAACAGGUGGAGGAAUGGAGAAGCUGUGCCCGAGGAGGAGCAGAUCAGUGCCAAGGACCAGAAGAACCUGGAGCCUUGUGACAACACCCCAAUUAUUGAUAACAUCACCCCCGUGGUCGCCAGCAUCUCCACGGAGGAGAAGCAGAAAUACGACGAGGAGAUCUCCAGUCUCUACAGGCAGCUGGACGAUAAGGAUGAUGAAAUCAACCAGCAGAGCCAGUUGGCUGAAAAAUUAAAGCAGCAAAUGUUGGAUCAAGAGGAGCUUUUGGCCUCCACGAGGAGGGAUUAUGAGAAGAUCCAGGAGGAGCUGACCCGACUGCAGAUCGAGAAUGAGGCAGCCAAGGAUGAAGUGAAGGAGGUGCUGCAAGCCCUGGAAGAGCUGGCUGUCAAUUAUGACCAGAAAUCCCAGGAAGUGGAGGAUAAAACCAGGACUAACGAGCAGCUGGCAGAUGAGCUGGCACAGAAAAGUAGUGCCCUGACAGCGACCCAGAGGGAGCUGGGCCAGCUGCAGGAGCUCAGCAACCACCAGAAGAAGAGAGCCACAGAAAUCCUGAACCUGCUGCUGAAGGAUCUGGGGGAGAUCGGGGGAAUCAUCGGCACCAACGACGUGAAAACCUUGGCAGAUGUGAACGGGGUGAUCGAGGAGGAGUUCACCAUGGCCAGGCUCUACAUCAGCAAGAUGAAAUCCGAGGUGAAGUCGCUGGUGAACCGGAGCAAGCAGCUGGAGAGUGCCCAGAUGGAUUCCAACAGGAAGAUGAACGCCAGCGAGAGGGAGCUCGCGGCGUGCCAGCUCCUCAUCUCCCAGCACGAGGCGAAGAUCAAAUCCCUGACAGACUACAUGCAGAACAUGGAGCAGAAGAGGAGGCAGCUGGAGGAAUCCCAGGAUUCUCUCAACGAGGAGCUGGCCAAGUUACGUGCUCAAGAAAAAAUGCACGAAGUCAGCUUCAAGGACAAGGAGAAGGAGCACCUGACACGACUCCAGGAUGCAGAGGAGAUGAAGAAGGCUCUGGAGCAGCAGAUGGAGAGUCACAGGGAAGCCCACCAGAAGCAGCUGUCCAGGCUGAGGGAUGAAAUCGAAGAGAAGCAGAAAAUCAUCGAUGAAAUCAGGGACAUGAACCAGAAGCUGCAGCUGGAACAGGAGAAGCUGAGUGCUGAUUAUGAUAAAUUAAAAAUCGAGGACCAGGAAAGAGAAAUGAAACUGGAGAAGCUCAUACUCCUUAAUGAUAAAAGAGAACAAGCAAGAGAAGACCUUAAAGGACUGGAGGAAACAGUGGCAAGGGAGCUUCAGACUCUUCACAAUCUGCGCAAACUGUUUGUCCAGGAUCUUACCACCCGUGUUAAAAAAAGUGUUGAACUGGACAGUGAUGAUGGAGGUGGAAGCGCUGCGCAGAAACAGAAAAUUUCCUUUCUUGAGAACAACCUGGAACAACUUACAAAGGUUCACAAACAGCUGGUACGUGAUAAUGCAGAUCUUCGUUGCGAGCUUCCUAAGCUGGAGAAACGCCUUCGAGCUACGGCAGAGAGAGUCAAGGCCCUGGAGAGUGCACUGAAGGAGGCCAAGGAGAACGCCAUGCGCGACCGCAAGCGCUACCAGCAGGAGGUGGAUCGCAUUAAGGAGGCCGUGAGAGCCAAAAACAUGGCCCGGAGAGCACACUCUGCCCAAAUUGCCAAGCCCAUCCGCCCUGGUCACUACCCAGCGUCUUCUCCGACGGCCGUCCACGCCAUCCGGGGGGGAGGGAUGUCCAACUCCAGCUACUACCACAACACCAAAUAA